GAUGUGCAGCCCGCCCAGGGUUACCGGGGGUCAGGGGAGGACCAUGGAGCCCCGAGCAGUGUCUGUGUACAGCCGGAAGGUCACCGGCAGGACAGCACACACACACCCGGGGUGAUAGGAGGGGCCAAACUUUACCUGCUGCCCCCACUAACACCAAUAUUGGGGACCCCAGAACCCCCAGUCUGCAGGGCAGGCAGGCUCACUGAUAGGCCUAAUAAAGGUGCCCGGUGUAAGGAGCACAGUGCUGGCUAACCUGUGGUAGUCCAUCUGAUGUGGACUACACCUCCCUAUGACGCUCAGCCAUCCCAUGUGUGGCUGAGCAUCUCUAGAUAAGUAAUGUCCUGGGGGCAGGAGUUUCACAAGUUGGCCAUAAGGGACCCAGCAGGUCACUGCUUCAUGUGAGCCCCUGUCAAAUCCUUCCCUAAAAUCAGUCACUUAAUACCACAAUGAACAAUCCAACACUCAGACCUGGCCAAACAGGUCAAUCUACGUCUGUUGGAGAACUAAUCUCCCAUGACCAUGGGAGAUGUAGUCCUCCCACAGCUGGAGAUCUGUCUCUGUGGCUAAGAUAUAGCUCAGUUUGCUGCCAUGUCUUCUUCCCUGUGUGCUUGCACCCUACAAGGGGAGCUACUUGCUGGAUGACACAGCUGAGGCAUAAGGGGAUUGCCAGCAGGAGGAGGGGGAGUUGCUGGUAUUUUGAGAGCUGUCACAGGCAGCACACACUUUGCCUUUUUUGGGAUACAGUUAGGUGUGUAGAUUGGAUGAUAGCUGUGCUGGGGGACAGCCUCUCAUAUCUUCCUGGCUGUUUCACUAGUUUCAACCGUGGGGAUUGCUUUGCUGUCAACCAAAAGAAACAUAGCAUAAACUUAAAUCGUCUCAGAAGGACAAGGUUCGGCAGUUUAUGGCAUUUACCCAGGCUGGGGAAAGGACUGCAAUAUACUGCUUAACUCAGAAUGACUGGAAAUUAGAACUCGCCACGGACAACUACUUCCAGAACACAACCUUGUACUGCAAAGAAUCAAUGAAAAGUACAGUAGACAAAAAGAAACUAGAACAAUUGUAUAACCGGUACAAAGAUCCACAGGAUGAAAAUAAAAUAGGCAUAGAUGGAAUUCAGUUGUUCUGUGAUGAUUUACACCUGGAUCCAGCUAGCACCAGUGUAUUAGUGAUUGCUUGGAAAUUCAGGGCAGCUACACAAUGUGAAUUCACUAAAAAGGAGUUCAUAGAUGGAAUGACAGAACUUGGGUGUGACAGCACAGAAAAAUUAAGAGCUCAGCUACCACGAUUAGAACAAGAACUCAAGGACCCUCUGAAGUUCAAAGACUUUUAUCAGUUUACAUUUAAUUUUGCAAAAAAUCCUGGUCAAAAAGGCCUUGAUUUGGAUAUGGCUAUUGCAUACUGGAAUUUAGUAUUGUCAGGAAAGUUUAAAUUUUUAGAUCUUUGGAAUAAGUUUUUGCUGGAGCAUCAUAAAAGAUCGAUCCCAAAGGAUACGUGGAACCUUCUGUUAGAUUUUGGAAAUAUGAUUGCAGAUGAUAUGUCCAAUUAUGAUGAAGAAGGUGCAUGGCCUGUUCUUAUUGAUGACUUUGUGGAGUACGCAAGACCAUUAGUCCCAGGUGGAAAACGUAAACCUCUUUAACCAUAGACAUUUUGAAUGGACUAGCAAUGCUUUUGCCAUUUCAUUAGAUAAUGAAGACUAUUUGGCCAAUAACUGAGAAGACCAUGUGACAUAGUCACCUGGACAUAAGGCGACAUAGUCAUUGUUGGAAACUCUGCCUCAAAACAUUCUGGUGGACAGCUCUUGGACAGUUCAAGGAGAUGCCUGAAACAGAGCACUGGCUGUUUUGUAGGACGCUGGCUUCAUAUCUUAUAUUGGUUGUAUCAUAUAGGAUUUAGAGAUUGCAUGAUUUUAUACUUUGGAGCAGAUUAAAUAGAGGCCAUUUUAUUAAAAAAAAAGUAUAUAUACAAAAAAUUUAAAGAGCAUGCCAUUCGGUUUACGAGCCAGAAUAAACACCAGCAGUUACUGAACAGCUGUAUUAUAUUGUAUCUAUAUAAAAAGCAGUAUUUGUGGUAUAAAUUAAAUCUCUAAUGGAAACUUA